AUGCCAUGGUUGCAACCCAGACCAUCAGUGGCGGCAUAUCGGCGUACACCCAUAACACUACCAUCGCUCUUCUUCUGCAUUGCCGCCUACCGCCUGGAUCGACCUCCAGAGAUUAUGUUACUCUUGAACGACAUGUGCUGGAUGAUCUUGGUCAUUCCAUUUGUGACGUUUGUUUCGGGAAAUUUUGCCUCCUCUUAUGCCAUCUGGAUGGACAAACGGCCUCGAUCACUGUUUCCUCGCUGGUUCGCUUUGGCCAGUUGUAUCUGGCCUUGCGGCUUCUACGGCGGGCUUGCGCUUCACGCCGUUUAUUGCGGCGCUUUUGCCUGGAAUGGAGGCUUCACCUUCUGGACGGGUGCGGCGGCAGUUGGGAUUGGGACAACCAUGACAGUCUACUGCUUGCUCAAAGCUAUUGACACAACGGACGAAGAGUGCGAAACCGGUCUGAGCCUUGCUGGACUGCAAGCGAAAAAGGAAAGGCAGGACAAACCCGCGCAUCCACAAAUGGUUGAUGUACAUCCCCUGGGAAUUGGUGACGAUGACGUGGACGACGAAAUGAUUGUGGAAAGCGUUCUGAUGAUUCCACAAUUCAAAGGAGCGGCUUGUUUCAAUUUCAAAAUGCACGAUGGUCAGGAACAAAUAUCACUCGUUGAAGGCUUUGACUUAAGUAUACUCGUCUGA